AAAAUAUCUGGCCGCCAUUGAAAUUGAGUUCUGGUUCGUGAACCCUAAGGAAGAGGAUGAUCAGAAAAUGUCCAUACUACCCUUCAUUAAAGUUAAUGCUGAAAAAACCUAAAAUUGCCACUGCCAGGGUUGAACCCGUCACCUACAACUCAAACCUAUACGCCUAAGCCACUGAACCAACUCAACAUCUCAUGUACCUAUAUACAAUAGAUAAUAUAUGUCGGACAACUAAUAUAAACACCCUAAAACUAGACCCCGAUUAAUCCCCGCAUAAUUGAUUCGGCGCUAGGCUCCGUCUGGCCGCACGUACAGCGCCUAGCGCAAUCCCGAACAAGGGUUGUGAUAUAACAAUGCAAGUUCCAUACUUGUUGUCACGUUUGUGACUUCUUCCUCCAGAGAAUUAAGAUACUCUAAUAUCAAUAUCCAUAAUAAAAGGGGAAUAUACUCAUUAGCUGGGGUGUCCACGUCGGCAAUUAUAAUCAACCAAUAGGAUUCUUUUUUUUUGCCAUGUCACAGAUCAUGUUGGGUUUCUAAUAAUUAUGACGAAACACACGGUUCUUUUUUCGCACACAAAGUUUAAUAUUUUCAGAAGUUUGCCCACUUAAUUUAUGUAGCCCAGCACGAACCAAAUCCUGGCCCACCAAAAGUCUAUAUGAACUUCCAUUUUCUUCCUCGGCUACGAAACCUUUGCUUCCACAACUUCUGGGAUACCGCCUUCGUAACGCCUCUCCUCUGCAUUCAAUUAAUUAAGAUCCUUCAAUUCAGCCAUCCCAUUACUUGAUAUUUAACUCACCAGUUUCGUAUUCUUCUCUGAAACGCUACCACCCAAACGAAUCGCCUAUACAGACUGUGUAAGAGAUAGAAACAGAGAGAGAGAGAGAGAGAGAGAGAGAGAGAGAGAGAGAGAGAGAGAGAGAGAGAGAGAGAGAGAGAGAGAGAGAGAGAGAGAGAGAGAGAGAGAGAGAGGAGUUUACUAAGAUAGAGAUGGGAGGUGUGACUUCUUCAAUUGCGAUGAAGGUGGCGCUCUUCGGCCGUAUCAGUUAACUUGCAAGGCAAUCAGAGACAACGCAUACGGUGGUCCGAUGUUGGAGCUCUCUAUCGAGCUAACUAUUCAGCUUUUUGUCAAUUUGAUGGGAAAACGAGUACCAUUUCCAAAGGAGAGGAAAUCUAUCUAAAUAUAUCCAAAGUACCAGGAGAUUGUUAAUAUUCGCUUAGGUGAUGGAUCUAUGAGACGUGGUCAGGUCAUGGAGGUUGAUGGCGAGAAAGCUGUUGUCCAAGGCAAUUGGCUGUACAGGUUCAAUGUUCUCAAUAAACUUAUUUUCUUUUGGUUUCAGGUUUUUGAAAGAACAUCUGAAAUUGACACCGUUCAAUUUACUGAGUUACUGAAAACACAUGUAUCUCAAUUGAUGCUUGGGCGCAUUUUUAACGGCUCAAGAAAGACAAUUGAUUAUGGCCCUCCUAUUUUGCCUGAGGCAUACCUUGAUAUUUCUGAUGUGCAUGAGACUAUUCCUGAAGGCAUUAAUCUUAGAGGAGACAUAAACGAAGUCCUCUUCUGCAGCUGGGUUGGUUGCAACUGUGGCUAAAAAAACCUUAAACUGGUGAGUUUUGCAUUGUAAUUUUUGAAUUGAUGAACUGAUCCUCGCAAUAAUAUUAUUUCUAUGUUUUAGUUUUGCCUAAUACCAUCUUACUCUUUAGCAGGCUGGUGCUUUAACGCUUGAUAAUGGAAUAUGUUGUGUUCAUGAGUUUGACAAGAUGGAUAUGUAAAACCAGGUCAGUGAUCAUUUAUUACUAUUGAUGAUUAGUUUUCCUGGAGUGUUACUUAGAUUAAUGUUACAUUUGGGUACCAAGGCUGCAAUUCGAGAAGCCAUGGAGCAGCCACAAUAAGCACUAUUUUUCUGUGUGUAGAUCCGUCUACUUCCCAUGCUUGAGGAGUAUAACUUACUCAUGCGGUAAAGAGAAAGAACACCGACUCCAAUGGGUAUGUACUUAUCUGCUUUCCAUCAGAAUUUUUUUGGCCAAUAUAAACUUCUCAUGAUACUGGUUUCUGCAUGUUAAAAGAUUUGAUGAAGCUCCAGAACAGCUCAUAGCAGAACAUGAGGCCCUUUACAGGUCAAAACCGAGCCCAUUUAAACCCCUUGGUGAUUUAAAAGGCUCCUGGAAUGUCAACCGGUGCCGGUAGUGCUGCAACCAACCGAAGACUUUCCUUAAGAGCCGGAAUGUGUGGGCAAAAUGUGUUAAUUAUCAUCCGUUUGUUACUCAUAAACUUGCUCUGUACAACAUAAAGGUUGGGGCAAAAUGUGCUGCGAGCUCUGCAUUUUGUUUAUAGAUGCCAUUGGAAAGUAGAGAUUUGUCUGUAACCUAAACGGUUUUAUAAGCACUGCAAGUUUUGAUAAGUUUGGAUGCAUGACUAUUGACUUUACGAGUCCACGUGAUAUAAAUCUUUUGUUCUGAAAAGUGAAAAUGAUUUGCAUUACUAAUUGGAACAACAAUCACCAUAUAGAGUUUAAACGAAAUUGAAAAGAUGCUUUAUUACUAAUUGAAAGAACAACCACCACAUUGAGUUAAAAAAAAAGAAAUAAAUAUAAACAAGGUUUUUCAGUUUUGAUCUGUAAUCAAACAAGUAAUAAAAGGAGGAUAUAAACCUUAGAUAGAGUGUCCACGUAGACGAAAAUAAUCGGCCAAUGAGAAACUAUAUUUUUGUCGUGUCACCUCCUCUAUUUGUUUUUACAAAAUGAUCGUUUAACUUUUUACUUAAACAAUUAUAACCGAAAAUAUUUUUUGGUGAAAUGUAUUAUUUAUAUAAAUAUAAUUAUACUAUUUAUUUACAGAAUAGUUGUAAAGAAAUAUUUAGUGUAAAUAAUAUCAAAAUUUUAUAAAAUACUAAAAUAAAUUGGGUUGGUUUUCAACUUUCACAAAUAAAAAAUAUUAUUUGUAAAAUUAGAAAAUAAUAUAUCAAGAAUAUUCUUUUUCAGGAGAGAAAAUAGAAAAAUACAUCGGAGACAAAUUCAUCUCUAUUAUGAAAUUCUUCUAUUUUAGAGAAAAAAAAAAUAGAGAAAUACAUUGGAGAUGGUCUAAGGGAUGGCCGACGUAAAUGAUCGACGUUGAGAAGUCAACUUUUCUGAUUCUUACUAUUAUAAUGUUUCAAUAUAAUUUGAAUAUUCCCUUGGGUUUAAAAUAAAAUGGUUUAAAAGUAUUUUUUGUUUCACUAUAUAAAUUAUUUUUAUAUUUCAAUGUAACUUUAUACUUAUUGGAUAUUGUAUGGUCAAUUAAAGUAUGUACAUGACUAUGUAAUUGAUUAAAAUUAUAUAUUAAAUGACAGUUUUUAAAGUAAUAACUUUUAAAUAUUACAGAUUUUAAUUAAAACUCCAAGAUAUAAGCCUCAGAUAGAGUGUCCACAGAGGCGAAAAUAAUCGGCCAAUAAGAAACAAUAUUUUUUACAAAAUGAACCUUUAACUUUUUUACUUAAACAAUUGUAACCGAAAAUAUUUUUUAGUGAAAUAUAUUAUUUAUAUAAAUAUAAUUAUAUUUUUUAUUUACAUAAUAGUUUGUAAAGAAAUAUUUAGUGUAAAUAUAUCAUAAUUUUAUAAAAUACUAAAAUAAAUUGGUCUGAUUUUCAAAAUAAAUAAAUAUUAUUUGUAAACUUAGAAAAGAAUAUAUCAAAAAUAUUCUUUUUAGGAGAAAAAAUAGAAAAAUACGCCGGAGACAAAUUCAUCUAUAUUAUGAAAUUCUUCAAUUUUAAAGAAAAAAAAUAGAAAAAUACAUUGGAGAUGGUCUAAAGCAUGACCGAUGUUGAGAUUUCAGCUUUUCUGAUUCUUAUUAUUUUAAUGUUUCAAUAUAAUUUGAAUAUUCCUUUGUUUUAUAAUAUAAUGGUUUAAAAGUAUUUUUUGUUUUGCUAUAUAAAUUGUUUUUAUAUUUCAAUGUAACUUUAUAUUUAUUGGAUAUUGUGUGACCAAUUAAAUUAUGUAAAUUCCUGUAUAAUUGAUUAAAUUUAUAUAUUAAAUGACAGUUUACUAAAGUAAUAACUUUUAAAUAUUACAGAUUUUAAUUAAAACUGAUUACGUUUUGAAACAGAUAGAGUAAUCUAUAAACUAACUCUAUAUAGAUAUGAUUUCAAAAUUGUAAAGCGGUCUCACCUUAAUUUUCUCUCAUUCUGUUCAAUCCUAAUUGGAAGGAGAUAAUCAACAUCUAAUAUUAUGUUAUUCUCAGUAUAUUAGAAAUGGUCGAACCGUAAACCAAUUAAAGAUGAUGUAAGAAAGACAUAAAAAUGUAUUUCCAGUUAUCACAAAUAUAAAAUCAAUUGAUAACAACUUAAUGAUGUCCAGGGUAUGACAACAUAGAAGAGUUUUCAUACCUUAUAAUAUUAUAAUAUCUCACUAUAUUAGUGGCUAAAUCAAUUUUCUCUAGCACAAAUAUUGACUUCAUUCUUGGAGUUUAAGCUUUUCUAUCUUAUGAUAUUAGUAUUUUGAUCCCAAGAAAAAACGGUCGAACUGUACAUUGUAAUUGGAGAAAGAAAACAAACAAAAAUCAACCGAAAACUUUUAAGGUAUAUGAAACAAAAAUUAGAAAUAGCAAUUUUCUGCAAUUAAAGAAUAAUGCAAUAAAAUUGUAAAAAUGCAAAAUAAAACAAAAAAUAUACACAGAAAGAAAGAUUUAGUAAAAUAAAAUCAUAAUAUAAUUUCCAUAAUUGAUAGUGUUCCGUUACACUAAAAAGUCUAAAUUUACAACAUA